AUGGCUGCUGGCACUUUGCUGGACAGUCUACGUUUUGCCCGCUUCAUCCACGAUCAGGAUGAAGCUGGAGGCGCGGCCACGGAGAGCCGCUACGGAAUACCCCGUUACAAUGGAGACGCUUCACGACUGACAGAAUGGGUGUUCAGGGUGAAGAUGUUGGCCGAGAAGGAGAAAUCUAUCUCCGAGGCCGAGGCAAAGAAGCUUGGGAGCCUACCCUUGAGGCUCGUGGAAGGACUCUCCGGACAAGCCCUGAAGAUAGCACAACAGCUGGAUGUGAGCAAGCUUGCUGCUGAAGGAGGCGUCGACUACCUGAUCGAGAAGAUGUCUACAGAACUACGACCUCGACGAAUGCAGCAGGCAAGGGAGCUCUACGAAGCUGGAGCUCAGCAGGGCGGGAUCCUAUCCAGACAAGCUUCUGAGUCGAUGGCGCAAUACAUAUUGCGUCGUCGAGCCUGGUACAGGGCCAUGACCGACCUCAGCACGGACCUGAAACUUCCGGAUUUGGUUCUCAGUGAGCAGUUGUUGUUGAAUGCUGGACUGAAUGAUGACCAAAGGCUCAUGAUAAGAACCGUGGUUGGCGACAAGAUGAACUUUGACCGCGUCGCCGAGGAGCUCGUGAACCAGCACCCCCGCAUCCACGAGAAGGGCGCCUACCACCCGUUCCGGAAGAAUGAGUACAAGGGAUUCCCAAGCUCUUCGCCAUCCUCCAAGGGAGGACCCAAGGGAUAUCGACCGAAGCCGAGGUACUACAACGCAUUCCACGCCGAGAGCGUGGAAGACGAGGCUGCCUACCCGGAGAUGAAUGACGAAGUAUAUGGAGACGAUGGCCCGGACUACCUGAACGAGGAGACCGGCCGCAGUGACUACGAGAACCCCGUCUACUUCUCCGAGGCAGAGAUCGGUACCUAUGCUGAAGAGCACCUCGCGUAUUUAUCCGAAAGUGGCUUGGAUAUUGAGGACCAGGAGGCCUGUGAGUUCGCCUCUGAGCUCAUCCAAUCCGAGCAGGAUGCAUACUACGCGAGGAAGGGAGCGAGCCACAAAGGGCAUGGGGGCUUCAACAAGGCGAGCCCUCCUCCGUUCGAGAUCAGCGGCUCGAUCAGCCUGGACGACAAGCGGGCACGCCUUCGAGCCCUCAAAGCUCGUACUACAUGCAAACGCUGCGGUGCGGUGGGACACUGGUCAGGAGAUUAUGAGUGCCCCCUGUCGAAAGGCAAAGGCAAAAAAGGCGGUGGAAAGACCUCUACGAGCACUCCUUCCUCUUCAGGAGCUGGAACCUCACAGCACCCUGGAGCCAAGGGACGGCAUGGCAAGCCAAGCCGCCCGCGAACGGUCUACUUUUCCAUAUCUGAGGCCACCAGCAGCACCGCGAGCAAGCGACGAUUGGUCGGUUAUGCCAUCGACGAGGGCGGUGCCACCGCCCACCUCACUCCUGGAAAACAGCAGCUCUACGACUUCGCCGACGAGGACAACGCCAGAGGAAAUCGGCGACAACUGGAGUGUGGUUAUUUCCCCGACGACCGAGGAGACGUCGUUGGAAGGACGCUUUGGUACCAGAACCUCGAAUGCUCAACGAGAAUGCCCUGGCGACGACUGCAGCUCUACCUCUUCAUGAUCGAGUACGACCAGAACAGACCACAACGACAACAGCAAUACCUCUUCCUGAUCGAGUCCGACCACAGCAGACCACAACGACGACAGCAAUACCUCUUCCCGAUCGAGUACCACCAGCACGUGCCCAAGAAGGUGCAGAGCGCAUCUCUACAGGACCGACCACGGCGGCCCCAACGACCACAUCCACUCCUCCAUCGAAUACCUCAGGAUCCACUGAAGGACGAAGAGAAUGCCAGCACCUACGAACCACAGCUCAUGGAUCCAACAGCUUUGUUCACCAAGUCAAAUGCAAGGAUUGCGGGUACAUCAUCUCCCGCACACGACGAGAUCUCCCAGCUACGACUACGCCAGGAACCUCCUCGACAACGACCGCGUGCCAACACCACUGGACCACCUGGCGAGGCUCCAAUGGAUCCAUGCGCAUUCGGACUUGCCGAGAUUGUGGACAUCGAGAGCGACCAACCACCGCGCCACGACCUCCACGACGAGAACAGCGUGCUCACCAUUGACCGCAUUCCCGGUGUCCUCCAGACGUUCCAAGACUUGGUGGUGAGGCGCGUGCAGGAGCUGGAGAGUGGAACCGAGGUACCCACAAGACGACUACACGAGGCCCUCGACCUCUCCAUCGCCACGGCCACUACGUGGAACAGUAGAAUGAGCGGACCAGCCGGAUCUUCAACGACAGUUUUCGGCACCUCCUCUACUACAAGACCCCACGGCGGUGGAAGACGGUAUGGCGAGUCCGAUCACUACCACAACCUCAAGGCCCGAGGACUAAAGGUCGUGGAGAUGGGACGCUACAAGCACGGACAGUAUGCCGAAGCCUAUGCCGACACGGCCUACCGAAAAUGGGUUUUGGACAACAUCGGCCCGACCAGUGCUUCCGGAAUGAAGGCCAUGAGAAACUACUUCGAGGAACGACAGAACUACGAGUCACGACCGGAUGCAAUGGCCCUCAUGGCAAUCCACGACCACUCCGACCACAUCGAGGAGCACGACCUCAUCGCCAUCUUGGACACGGGAUGCAACCAAACAUGUCAUGGAGAUAGAUGGCUGGAACGUUAUGUCAAGGCCACCAAGCAGCAGCUUCCCGAAGCCGACACGACUUCGGAGGUCCGCAUUCGCGGCAUCGGAGGACAAAUCAGAACCUCCGGAACGAGGAAGCUACCUUUGAUCCUGGAACUAGUGAAUGGCGGCCUGGCGCAAGGUGACCUCACGAGUACAGAGCUCCUCGACUCUGACGCCCCGCUCUUGAUCUCUAUGCAGGCCCAGAGAGCUCUCGGACUGAUCAUCGACAUUGCCGGUGAAGUGGUGCACUCCCAAACCUUGGGCCACGACCUCAAGCUAGCCUAUAAGGAGCCGGAAACGGCACCACGUGACGAUCAUCCAGGAGAAGAGUCUGCCGGAGAUGAUGAGGAGCUUAUUCCGGCGAUGCCAGCCGACGGCAAGGGUGACGACGCCGAGAAGGAGGUCGCCUACUACACGUUCGAUGCUGAAAAGGCCCGGGUGAUGAACAAGACCCAACACUUUCGUGUGAAAGAAGGCGUGGACGGAGUCAAGUCGAAGGACCGUCACAUGUGGAACCAAAUCAAGCCCAGCCGACAACGCCGACAUCAUGAACUACCACGAGGAUGCAAGACCUUUCUACUUGAGGUGUUUGCCGGAGCCGCGAUGCUGACCCAGAUGGCUCUUCACGAAUGGUCUAUGCCGGUUACGCCUCCGGUGGAUUUGAACACCGGCUACGACCUGCUCACUAAGCAGGGUCGCGACGAGGUGGACCGGAUCAUCGCACGCGACGACCCCUUCGCCAUCACCUUUGCGCCGGUAUGCACACCUUGGACGUCAUGGACCAACAUCGCCACCGGCACUACGAGGAGUAAGAUCAUGGCCGAGCGCAAGAAGUGGCAGCCUGCCCUGGCUUGGAUGUAUGACGUGGCCAAGGACAGACUGUCAAAAGGGCGACAUGUUGUCAUCGAGAACCCUUGGAACUCAGCCAUGUGGGAUUGCGUGCAAUCUCAACGGUUCUUCAGAGCCAAUCCUCGCGACGAGGCCACGCUCGAGCCCAUGGAGUGUGUGAAAGUGGAUCAAUGUAUGCUGAGUCUCAAGGACGACAUCAACCACCUCCCGCACCUCAAGCCUACGGGUUUUCUCACGGCCUCGUCGGAGGUUAAAAGACGACUGGUUGGAGCCCAUUGCGAUGGCUCUCACCUACACCAACAGUUGGAUACCAAGAAGCGCUGCAUGGCAGCGCAGAAAUGGCCGCGAGACCUGUGCAAAGCGCUUCUUCAAGGCUUGGCCGCCGAGCUCGACUACCUUAUCACCAUGGUGGCUUUCCCGGCGGAGGCUCACACUGAGCUUGAAGUGAUGUCGGACGACGAGGGCGAGGAGAACACCUACCUGGACGGGAUCCACCAGCCAAGCGACUUCGCCUACGAUGAUGGCCAGGACUACGCCGCAACAAAAAAACAAGAAGAGUGGGAGAUUAUCUAUGACGAAGGCGAAGUACCACCUCCUCCGCAACCUGUCGGAGAUGCUCUUGAACGACGGCAACACCAAUGGCGACAGCUACCUUACAACACCCGAGUUGCCCUUCGCAGGUUGCACAACAUGACCGGACAUGCACCACCUUCGGCAAUGCAACGACUACUACGGACAGCUGGAGCAGACGCCAAUGCUAUCAAGGCUUUGGACAGCUUUCGAUGUGCUACUUGCGAGGCCAAGAAGGUACCAGACCGACCUUCUCCGGUCAAAAUGCCCGAGGAAUACCGCUUCAAUAAGGCGGUGUCUCUCGACGUGUUCAUCGUGAAGGACACACUGAACAAGAAGUACAAAGUGAUGUCUGUGGUGGACCUUGGCACUCUGUUUCAUGCCGCAGUGAUUGUUGGUGAAGGAGGAGGCCCACCUAGCUCAGGAGACAUGGCUAAGGCGAUGCAAAUGAUUUGGUUUUCCUGGGCAGGGCCCCCGGAAUCGAUAGUUCUGGACAGAGGGCUAGAAAAUCGAGGGCAACUCCAAAAGUUGAUGACGGCUCAUGGCGUACAACUACGCUACAUUGGAGUCGAGAGUCCGUGGCAGCUAGGCCGAGGUGAACGACAUGGCGGCCUCUUGAAGGAAGUGAUCAAGGCUGUGGUUACUUCACGGCAACUACGUGGAAGACAGAACAUGGAGUUUGUAGUGACCGAGUCAGUGGGCAUCAAGAACCACCGGGUGAACCACAACGGCUUUUCACCGUCCCAAUGGGUACUUGGACGCAAUCCGCCUGAUCUGGAAUCACUCACUACUCUCCUCCCAGAAGCCAAACUUGGAGUCCACCAGGAAAUCCUCGACGGGGAGACCAGUUUUGCCCAGCAGAUGAUGAUUCGUGGAGCAGCCAAGGAAGCCUUCUCACGGGUGGACAGCUCCCAGCGAAUCAGAGCAGCGAUGUUGAGGAAAAGUGUUCCUGGACGCGGACCGUUCCACAUGGGAGAUUUGGUCUGUUUCCAUCGACGACAAGGAAGCAAGGCCGGAUGGAAAUGGUUUGGACCGGCGAGAGUGAUUGGCCAGGAAGGCAGAAGCACCCUCUGGGUCUGUCACGGGGGAAUCCCGAUGACAGUGUCCACUGAACAAUGCCGACAUGCUACUGGGACUGAGAUGAUGGCAAAAAGGAUGCUGGAGUUGAGACCUUCCAGAAAGAGGCGAAGAGAAGAUAUGGCACCAGAUGUGGAUGAUGCUGGAGCAAUGAACGACGACCCUUUCCUUGACGACCUCAUUGGAGUCGGCACGGUCGCCGAAAACCAGCAACAGGGUUUCUUCGACCUCAGCGAUGCCUCCGGUACUCCAACGCCGGCACCCGAUGAGCCAGAAGGCCCGAACGGACAGGAGAUACCCGGACUUCAUCCACCACCACCUGGACUCUCUCCUCUCGAGCCUGGACAGGCUAGUCAGUUAGAUGAUAACGGGCAGGAGAUACCCGGACUUCAAGCACCACCACCUGGUCUCUCUCCUGAUGUUAAUCAAGUUCAACAGCCACAUCUUGGGGGUCCCGUACAUGUUCAACAGCCACAUCUUGGGGGUCCCGUGCAAGAUAUGCCAGAUGUCCCAGACAGCGAUGUUGGAUCGCCCUCUAUGUCUACGGCAGAGCCUGAACAGGAAUUAGUUCCACCAAGCCGUGACAUCAGUGGCCAACCUGAUCUACUACCACCUUCGUCUUCAACAGCGAACCGAUCGAGCACUAGCCGAGCACCUGAACCGCUUCGACCUCUACAACAAGCUCUCCGGAUCUCUCCAGACGCCCUAGAUGGUCAUCCUCGCAAUCGACACCGCUCGAGAUCACCACCGCGAGCGAUGAUGACAAUCGGCGAGAAUCCGGAGGUUGGCAAGUGUCUUCAUGGAUUUCUCGCGAGGCGACUCAACAAGAAAAGUGCUGCUGCGAGGGCCAAGGAGUUGAACUUCACGAAAGCAACUGGAGAGGAAAGAGAUGGGAUACAAGAGGCCAGGAAGCGUGAAUGGGGCAAUUGGCAAGGGUUCGAUGCGGUGGAAGUCAUUCCGCCAGAGAAGGUGCAAGAGACGUUGGCCGCCAACCCGGAAGCGGAGAUUACGCCCACUCGGUGGGUAGACAUCAACAAAGCGCAACCAUGGCUUCCUCCAAAGUACAAGUCACGGAUAGUUGUGCGAGGAGAUCUUGAAAGCGGUGCCUCUACGAGAACGGACUCACCAACCUGUUCUGCGACCAUGCUCGGGCUGCUCUUAUCCUUCACGGCGAAUCGACGACUACAACUACGCGGAGGAGACAUUACUGCCUCCUUCCUGCAAGGCGAGAAGCUGGUGCGAGUUCUUCUGCUCAAACCUCCACCUGGCGGCCUACCUGGAGUACCUGAAGGAUCACUACUGAGGGCCCUGAAGCCAGUGUAUGGAACUCGGGACGCACCAAGAGGCUUCUUCAAGCGACUUCACAACGUGGCUGUGGCACAAGGACUACGAGCUCUUCCACAUGAGCAUGCAGCUUACGUUCUUCAAGAUGAGACCGGCGUACAAGGGAUGAUGGUGGCACAUGUUGAUGACCUUUUAUGGUCAGGAACUGGCAAAAUGGACAAGGUCAUGGACGCGAUCACCAAAGAAUUCAAAUUUGGGACUUUGGAGUUCGGAAGCCAGUUCGACUACUGUGGCAGAACCAUCGCCCAAGAAACCGAAGGCAUUCGGGUGACAUGCCCUAACCAUGCCUCAAAGGUUCGACCUAUUCCUCUUGAGGUCUGGAGACGCCGACAGAAGGACGCGAAGAUCACCGAACCGGAACGUGAGCAACUUCGGAGCGUGGUUGGAAGCUUGAGUUGGAUGGUGAGAGUGUGCAGGCUGGACAUAGCCUAUGAGGUGAACUACCUGCAGGCAGUGAUGCAACAAGCUGUCGUGGCAGACCUGAUCGCGUGCAACAACCUGCUCUCCUAUGUGAAGAAGACAGCGGACCGUGGACUAUUCUAUGCCUACAACGCCUUCGACGAGCAGGAUCAGGUUAUCUACAGCAUCACUGACGCCUCGCAUGCCGCCGACUUCGACGUUUCCACUACCGGCACUCCCAUGGGAAGCAGAUCACAAUCAGGGCGCAUUUUGGCCCUGGGUUCCCGUAAGAUCCUCGAGACCGGCAAGGGCACCAUUCAUAUCAUUGAGUAUCACUCAUGUGUACUCAAGAGAGUGUGCAGAAGCACACUUCAGGCGGAAACGCAGAGCCUUAUAGCAGGGUACGAAGAAGGAGAGCAUUUGCGUGCUCUCAUGUGGGGCAUGAACAACGACUACCACGACAAGGGCCUCAUUGGAGCUAUGGAUCAUAUGACCCUGGCAAUGUUAACAGAUUGCCGAAGCCUGGAACAACACCUACGCCAACCCGGCCUUAGUACGGUAGCAGACAAACGUCUGGCUAUCGACUUGAGCUCAAUGAGGCAGCUUAUCUGGAGAAAAAAGGGUGAACUGGUGGGCGACCCACUGCUCACCGACGAACCUCCAGAGGAGGCUACCACAGUGGUGAAGUGGAUUGACACUUCAACCAUGUUGUCAGACGGUCUGACCAAAAAGAUGAAGAGCAACCAGAUUGACCAGGUGAUGCUCAAGGGCACAAUGGAGAUUAGUUUCCAAAAGGUGCUCAGCAAACCGGCUGAGGCCAAAGAAAAGUUAGGAGUCUGA